UAUGGGUACAGUGAGUUAGUUUCAUAAGUCUGCCGGAAGCGGCACUGAGGACGGUACGUCUGUAAUUUACCAGUUUUACAGAGACCAGAUCGGCAUUGCGCAAUUGCGAAAGAAAUGCGCGUCCGUGAUGCAACGAUUCACGUGUUUGGCUGCGCGUCGGGAACUCGCGUUCUUGGCCUGUCCGUGGAAGGGGGGUAUUGUGUCAAUUAAACACAAUAUCCACUGCCAGCUAUGGGGGCAUCAGCGCGUGCGCCCUCAUGCCAGCCGCGCGACCUCUCCAAAGCGCGCGUGGCAUCACCUGCGCAGACCGUCUGCUGGCCAGCACUUCAGACUUUAUAGAAGAGAUGCAGACAGGGACACUAAGGACACUGAGCAUCCUGGCAUCACAGUGGUGGGCACCCCGGAUCCCAUCGCGUGGGUCAGGAAUAAGAUCAUCUUGUUUUUAAUUGAAUUGUGUUUUGGCCUGAAGUUCAGUGUGGAGUUUGACAGUGGAGUGAAACAGGCAGCAGUCCAUGUGUCUACUAUGAUCUCCAAAGGCAACUUUGAUGAAUUGAGGAGUGUGAUGUCGAAAGAGGCAGUUGACAGUGUCAGAAAGAAAUGUAAAACUCUGACAGAGGCCCAACGAAGACAUCUUGCCAUUUCCCUCGAUGACAUUAUAUUUCUGCUGCCCGAGGACGUGUCUGUAUUCUUUGACCAGAGCGGCAGAAAGUUUCUUUACAUCACGAUGAGGCUUUGGUAUCUGUCCAGCGCAGACGUACCUGAGGACCCCGAGAGCAUCCGCAUCUUCAAGAUGGACUUAACUGAAGAAGAUGGUCCUCAAAAGAAGAUCAUCACAGCGGUGUACGAGUUUUAUCGUGAGUUGACUACUGGAGCUGAUCCCGAGUGGAUGGUGACCCGGAUGUGGCACUGGAAGCAACUAGAGUAAAACUCACACGACCACUCACAAUACACUUAAAACAAACACUUUAUAUUUCAUCCAUCCUGGGUAUUUGAUCACAAAUGGUAAGGUGAUGAAAUCAAUGUUUACAGCGGUUAGUAACUGGUCUCAAAUGACUCUCUUAUGACUGGAUUUCAAAGGGAGGGUCUCUUAAAUUUCAAAGUACAAAUGGGAUUUAUGUGAUCAGAUCACAGCAUGUUUUGGGAUCCGAUCCUGUACUUUAUGUACUAUAGCACUGACCACUGAAACAGAUCUUAAUUCCAGUAUAAACCGAGUUAUAGAGUCACUCCCAUGUUUCUCCAGGAAUGUCUCAUUUAUAGAUUGUGUCAGAGCUCAGAUUGGUCCAGAAACCACUUGAUAUUCCAAUAAAGAAACCAUUAUAAGUUAAUUUUGCUUUGACUUUUUAUUAAUUGUUUUAAAUGGUGACAAACUAAAAUAUCAUAACAUAAAGACAAAGUUUAGUUCAAUUGAAAUUCACAUUGUAAAUGUAUUACAGAAAGAUAAUAAAGCCAUUUUUCUGAACCAUUAAGAGUUUCGGCAGUUUAAGCAAGUUUCACAAAUUUUCUAUAAUUUGGACAAAAUGUUAUUCUCAUAACUGUAAUGCAAUCAGAAAAUCUGUCAGGAUGCAAUGAUAUAUCUUUUUUUUUUUUUUAUAAAAAAUCAGAGUAAAAUUAACAUACAUUGGGAAUGGGAUGAGGUGGCUUUAAAUGUGCCUUAUUGUCAUAAAAAUCUCACAACAGCUCAUAUCUUCAUUUUCUUGGCUUUUCUAAAACAUCUAUAUUUAUAUUGGUGACUUUAGUUGAUUUAAAAAAAAAAUGUUACAGAUGUCCCUGGGUCAUGUGAUUAAUUAAGUUCGUUACAGAGCUGCAUUUUCCAAAUUUCAAUAACAUCAUUUCUGUGUCAAAUCUGUCUAAUGCACCUCCAUUAAGCAGAGACUGGAAUUAAACUGAUAUCUCAACAAAACAGAACUGAAAAAGAGUCUCUUUUUUUUCAGAUCAAGCAAAUGAGAUUUGCAACAAGAAAAACAACCACAA